GUGCAUUCCGAUCCGCAUCUUAUCAUGAUUUCUCAGAGAUCUUGGAUCUAAUCAUUCACUAACACCCAGACUUGGUUUCAUUGCCCCUGGGUCGUCUCUUGAAUGCCAGUCGUCUCGAGGCUCAAGUUGUCAGGCUCGACUCGAGCUUUCGGGUGCUUCCCCUGCCGCGUUAAGAAAUGCCGAUGCCCUAUGCAGGAUGGUGAUCAAGUUUGCGGUAACUGUCAUGUCCACAAUUUCACUUGCGAAGGAUAUGGUGUUGAACGACGGGGCUGGACCAGGGAUCAUAGAUUCAUUACGUGGGUGAGGGAAGUUCUUAUGAAACGAAAAUGCAGAACGCGACCAAAAAAAGUUCUGCACACUGGCACUCCCAACUCCACAGGUGGUCAAUUGGAAGAUGUUCUACCGGGGGGAAAACAUGCUGACACCGCUCCAACGCAUGUUCGGUUUGAUGCGGAGGUCGAUUCCUCUGCAAACAAUUCGGUCACCUCGUCCCAAAUUGCCCUACCUUGCCCUAUGGAACACAAUGUCGUCCCGGGCGUUGGCCCAAAUAUCCCCCCGUACCCUAACGUCAUAUCCCAGAGGGAGCAUCUUCCCCAAUACCAGGCCAUGGGAGGAUACCACCCCCAACUCACCGGCGAUCCAUCGCUCUCCCCCUGCAAUGGGACCAUGCUAUCCGCGUCCGAUGUUGGGAGCGCCAUAACAUCAUGUAUCCCCCACACGCACCACGUGGGCUAUGAUGGAGUACAGCACGAGCAGAGCAAUCACCACCAACAGAUUAUUUCCCAAAGUACAUCGCCUGGUCACCAAUAUCUUGGUGAACUGGUGUAUCAUAUUCUCAAGAUGAUGUUUCCUUCACAAGACCCGACGGGGGAUCAGGUCCGCACUGCGAUGGACAUAAUUUGGAGGGUUAGCCAAGGCGACUUGCCACAGCAGAUCAUGGGAUAAUUCCACGUUCCUCUGUGCCCCUCAAUUUGGUGCAAUAGGGCGUGGCCUGUUCAGGAGGUGAUUAGGACAAACAGCUUCGUGGCGUGUUUCUUGCGCAACGUUGUGUACCGAUCACAUGUAGCGGCCUAGACCUCUAGAAAAUCUCCAAUCCGAGCGAUUUACAUUAAUUGUGGUGUUUCCCAUAUGCAGCAUGUACAGCUUCGAGCCCUCUUGU